AUGGACUUGAAACUGGCUGGAUUCAGUGGAAAGUCUGAAGAUUUUCCAGCUUGGUCGACGAAGUUUGUGGCACUGAUGCAUACCAAAGGCCUGUUCAGGACUGUGAUGGGCAAUGACGAUCUACCAGAAGCUGAACCUACGCUACCUGAGAAUCCGAAUGCUGACCAGAUGACGGCGUACAACACCAAGAUGCAGGAGCGAGCUGUGCUGAUCCAGCAGAGGAAAGACAACCGAAACACAGUGUGGUCACAUCUAGCUCUGGUCCUGAACAACACCACACUGAUGUACAUCAAGAACGACUGCGUGGCUGCGGAUGGCUAUGGCGAUGGGACGAAGGCCUGGAGACUGCUGCAAGAGAAGUUUUACAGUGUGGAGAGGCCUACAGUGGUCAGUCUAGUAGGCCAGCUUGCGAAGCUGCGCCUAGGAUCAGAGGAGGAUCUCGAUGACUACUUCGUUCGAAGUCAAGAGCUGAUGACGCGGCUGAGUGAAGCUGGGGAAGCAAUUACGGACACACUCUUCAAUGCGCUCGUGAUCAACGGACUGCCUGACAGCUUUGAGCAUUUCGUGGUGCAGGAGAGCUUCCAGCCGGCCAAGACUUUUACAGAGCUGAGAACGAGGUUGAGGAACUAUGAUGACUCGAGACGAGCUCGAUGUGGAGAGAAGACUGGGAAUGGACACAUAGCUAUGCAAGCUGUGAGGAAGAAGAAAGGAGCGUCGGGUGGUGGCUGUUUUGUGUGCGGUCAGAAGGGUCAUUUGGCAAGAGAUUGCAGAUCCAGAAGUGACAGUGGUCAAUCUGGUGCUCGAGGCAGUGGCUCGAAUGAAGCAAGUGGUCCAACUUGA